GUCAGGAAUGGAGCGGUUUUUGGUAAAAACGUUUUGAAACAUAAACAAUUUCUUCAGGUCUUUCUGUUGUUUGUCAAGCAGUGUUACGUAAAAAUAAACCUUCCUAACAUCAGCGAGAGAGUGCUGAGGCAAUGAGGGACCUAUCAACGAAUCUCAGUAAGAUUUUGAUUAGCACAAAUAGCUAGCACACCAACUGCUGUCUGCCGUGUUGUGUUUAAGGACCUUGUUUCCCAUCCGUUCCCAGGUGAGGAAAUGGGUUUUUAUUCUGUUUUCCGUGCCUCGCUUGGCUGUUUUUGCGGGAUGACAGCUGGAACCGUGCUGCUUUGGCACCUUUAAUGCAACACUACUGACGUCGCCAUGGAUGAUUCCGAGCUGGAUUUUGUGGACCUCUGCUCCAAGUUGCUGAAGCGCGUCCGCAAGAGAGAACCAGCAGGCAGACCGAGCAGGAAGGCAGAACAGCAGAGCUGCAGCAAAUCAACCCCGGGGGACAAGAGAGCGGUUGAUGAGCAGGAUGAGGAUUCUCUGUCCGGGUUUUCAGCCACUGGGUCGGAGGUGGUCUGUGGAGGAACCGGGCGUGACUCGGGGGAUGCUGUUCAGUCUUCUGCUUUUCCUCCAGCAGACGCAGACCUGAGGGCAAAAGACAACGUACUCCUCAGGAUGCAAGAGUUCAAGAGAGCCAGCCCACAGAAGAUGAUGCACAGCAACAGAAUCGAGCCAGCAAAGACCGACGGCUGUACUCUGACUGCACAGCAUCAAAAAGCAGAUAAGGCGGCGGCGCCCCGCUCUGGGCUCCCAGAGAGUGACGAGGCGCUGGCCCUGCGGCUGCAGCGGGAGCUGGACAGGGAGGCAGCAGAGGCCCAGAUGGUGGACCUGGAGGACGGAGGCCUUUUCUUCUGUCAGAUCUGCCACCGGGACUUGUCACACAUGACCCCCGACGGGCGCACACAACACCUCAACAGGUGUUUGGAUCAGAGCGAACAGAGCGCGCCGUCUCUCCCCCCGCCCUCCGCUGUCCCCAACUGUCCCAUCUGCGGCAAGAAGUUCAAGAGCCAGAAGAGCCGCUCGGCCCACCUGAAGCGCUGCUCCGCAGACAUGGGCGUCUCCCCGACCGUUCUGCUGCAGGCUCUGCAGAGACAGGCCGAGGAGAGCCGCAGUUCUGCCGUCGCCGCCAACGCACACCUAGAGACGGGCGGCAUCAAAAGGAAAGGGCCGCCUCAGCCGGAGCUUCCAGCAAGGAAGAAGCCCAGGAAGAAGGCCGACCGGCUGGACGAGGACACCAUGGUGGCUCUGGCUCUGUCCUCCUCCCUGCUGGAGCAGCAGAAGGAGCAGCAGGUUCAGAGCGGUUCGUCUCACAGCUCCGUGACGCCACUGCUGACGUGGAAGCCAGAUGCUGCUAAAGGACGUGUCAAAAAGAAAAAAGUAGCCGUCCCUCGUCCUCCGCCACUCCUCCUAGUUCAGGACGCAGAGACGGCCCUGGCGAGGCUGCAGGAACGAGUCUCUGCUCUGCUGCUUCGCCGCCGGUCGCCCUCUCCUCCCACCCCGACGCGACGCCCCAGCAAGCUGCCCGGCUGGACAGGUGCUGCCCCCCUCUGGCGGAAAAGUACACUGCUGGGUGGAGGCUCCACCUGUCCGUCUCAGUUCUACGCUGCGGAGCUCCAGCACCUGUUUACGGCGGAGUUAUCAAAGCCAGAUCCGGUCUUCUCAAGCAGCAGCAGCAAGCCGGAGUCUUCUGUCCCACCUGCCCUGCCCUCCCAGACGGCGUCCUCAUCUCCUUCCACUCCAGGGACGGGAGAGCUCCACGUGGGAAGCCAGGCCCUCCGAGACCUGAUGGAGCUGGCUGAAGACGGCAUGACUCUGACCCAAUACGGAUACGCGGACAAAGCCAAGCACCCGAGCGGUUUCAUCCAGGAGGAAGAGUUGGAGGAUCAGGCCGAGCCGUCGGACGACACCGCCAGCAGCAGCCGGGCAGUGAGGAGGUCAGAUCAGCCGGAGGCAGACCGAGACGCAGCCAGACAUGAGUCGGUGGCGCUCUCCAAGCUGGCCUCAGACCUGAGCAGCAUGGUUAACAACCCUCAGCUCAGUGAUGUGCAGCUCCAGGUGGACAGUGGUGAGGUCUACUUUGCGCAUUCCUUCAUGGUGUACGCUCGCUGCCCCCUGCUGGCUGAAAUGGUGCAUGAAAGUGGGUUUGGUGUGCAGGAGGAGGGCAUGGCCGCAGCUCAAAGGGUGUUGCUAAGCGACGUGCCGGGUCAGGCGGUGCUGGCUCUGCUGCGGUACCUCUACACCGCCCACUGCUCCGUCGCUGCGUCGCUGCGGCCUCACGUGCUGGAGUUGGCGUCCAGGUUUGACCUGCAGGAGCUGGAGCGGCUGUGUCAUUUCCAACCGGAGAACAUGGCGGCGGGAGACGACAGGCUCGACGUAAACCAGGAAGAAAACGUCAACAACCAAACGGACCAGACCUUCGUGGAGCUCCUUCAAUCCAUGUGGAACGAGGAGGACUCAGAGGGAGACGCCGGGGACUCGGACGGAGGAGGACGGUCGGAGGGGGAUCGGCCAGAGGACGAGGUCGCUGCGGGUGACGGAGAAAUCGGCGAGGAGCGAGUGAACGAGGAGGAGCUGGAGGAGAUUUAUGAGUUUGCCGCCACGCAGAGGCAGAGGGUAAAGGAGGAAGAGGAGAAAAAGGAGGAGGAGGAAGAUGCGGAACGAGAACCCGGCUCGGACCGCAGCUACGGUCGGCUUUUCUCCCAGUCCUGGGGCGUCUACCAAGAUGGAGAGGCUUCAUCCUCGCCUCCUCUUCUUCCUCAUGAAGCGGCACCCAAGCACUCUGCCAGGACUCUGCUUCAGUCGUCAGCAAGUUUCGCCGAUGAAUCCUCCCUCAACCUUCCCUUCCCCGGGCCGUCUCCGUGGCGACCAGCUCAGGAGGACGGACACAGGAGAGGCGAAGAAGCCGCAGCAGAAAGCCGAGCUCGUCGCAGCGCCCUCCCUUCGCCUGCGAGGAGAGACGAGGCCGAGCUCAUCGUUCUGUCCGACUCCAGCGAAGAGGCGGAAGCCGAUCGGAGCUUCACGGGGAUCAAACCCGGCCAGAACCCGAGUCCCAGAGAAUCGGUCUGUGGUUCCCAGUACAGUCCCGGUGAUCCCGCCGGGUGUUCGCCGGAGCUUUCCUGGCUCGUCCCUUCCACACCUGUCAGGUCUCCGGUCGGAAACACGAAGACCGCCUCCAUGCAGACUGACAGCAGCAUGUGCAGGACGCGGCUUUUCCCCAGAGUGGACCUCGCCUCGCCGUCCAGGAACACAGUCCCGACCUCCAGCACUCCUCUUAAAGCCUCCCCAGAACGCAGAGUCUCUCCUGACAAUCGAAAGAGUACUGAAGUGUUUGCAGCCCACCGUUCCGUUAGAGAUUCCUCAAAGUACGAGGCUCCUCUGCAGCCGCGCAGCAUCAGCAGCACGCCGCUGCAUGCGGACCCAGAGAGGCAGAGCACGUCUGGUCAAAUGAAAGCGGGGACACGUGUGUCCAACCGUUCAGGUCAGCCCUCGUCUUCUUCUCCAAUGGAGUCCAGUUUGCAGCCUGGCGUCAGCGACAUGAACGAAGAAACGUCUGUCCCAGAUGUGAGGGACUCUAGUUUCCAGCAAAGUUUCAUGGAUGAGCCUCCUAUAGCUUUUAACGAUUCCUGGGGCCUGGACGCCUGCGCCGACGGCGACCCGGGCGGCUUCAGCCUGAAGCUGGACGACACCGAAGAGUCCAGCUCCGGAGGGAGACCCGGAGUGUCCGGUCCAACAGCUACCAGCAGCGUCCAGAACCCUGCUGGAGGUCCAGGCCCGCUGACCACGUCAGAGGACCACAACGGCCUGCUGGACUCCAAAAUAUGGGGCAGCUGGGAGGGCGAUGGAGGAGCAGGAGAGGAGGAAGACGAAGAGGAGGAGGGUCUUCCUCUGUCUCAGAGAGCGGACCCGGCGGCUCAGCUCAAAACUCCAAAAUUGAGGAAACAGAAACGGUUUCGUCCGCCGGUGCCCAUCACCCCCACGCCUCACUACUCUGACAUGGACACGCCGGAGCUCAAGAACAAACUCAGCAGCUUCGGCGUGCGGCCUUUACCGAAGCGUCAGAUGGUCCUCAAGCUGAAGGAGAUCCACCAGUACACCCACCAGCUGACCAGCUCCGAGGAAGAGGAGGGGGAAGAAGCGGGGCUGCCCCUCGGCAGAGCGGUCUCCUGCGCCCGGUUCAAAGAGCCGACGGCGCCCGCUGCUGCCGCAUCCCCCGUCAGAACGGACCAAGAGGAAGCCGGCGACCCGCUCUCUGCCUCCCAGGGCUCAAACGCCUCCUCCACCGCCGCCAGUGACGAGUCGGAAAGGUCCAACCCUGAGCUGGCUCUCUCCUCCGACGGCGACUCAGACAGCGACGUGUCGUCCUCUCAGGCCGCUUCGUGCCUCCAGGACCGCCUCCAGGCGGUGCGCUCCUUCAUCCUGUCCGACUCCGACCUGUACAGCCGGAUCCUCCAGUACCAGCCUCUGGUUCUCUCCCAGCUCCAGCAGCAGCUGAAGGCGGCAGGGGUCCGCCUGAGCGCCGCCAAGCUGGUGGACUACCUGGACUCCCAGUGCAUCACCUUCACCACGGCAAAGCCGGGCCACCAGGCGGCCGGCCGCAGGCGGGGAGCGUGGACAGGCCGGGGGGCGAGAGGAGGCGGAAGGAGGAACGGAGCUUCAAAACGCUAACGGAGAAUUUUGAUGUAGAAAAGGUGAAGAAAAAACAAAUUGUAGAUUUUACUUGUGGAGCUUAAACGUCUGGUUAAAACUGUUUUUUUUUUAAAAUUCUGAGGCAUUUACACCAAUUUAAACUUUGUCAAUACUUGAUUCUUUUUUUUAAGAGGUUUCAGAUUUUAGGAGUUCACUUUUCAUAUGUUGCAUUGUAUUGUUAAAAUAAAACGAAAGUUACGUAUGUAACUACGGUUCUAUGAAUCCCGGAUGACCGCCAGAGGGCGGUGCUGAAAGCACUGAAUGUUCCCUUCGCGCAUUUGCUGUUCGAGUAAUAAUACCAACAGAGUCACACCUGUGACAUAUCGGAUGAUCAAUCAGAGGCUAUAUAGCAUGACGUCAUCUGAAUGCAAGGAUUCUGAGUGACAGAGAAUCUCUGGCGGUCAUCCGGGAUUCAUAGAACCGUAGUUAUAUAUGUAACUUUUGUUCUAUUUCAUCCCUACUGACCGCCAGAGGGCGGUGCUGAAAGCACUGAAUGACUAAUACCAGCGAUGUCACAAGGAAUCCUGAGCACAUACCUCACUGAGAAGGCCCAGAGGACCCCUGCAAAAGAACCUGGUCCAGAGGAUGAGAGGAGGCCACAUUCACAUUGUAAAAUCUAGUGAACGUGCUUGGAGAAGCCCAUGAUGCAGCAGCACAUAUAGCUUCCAGGGGAACUCCUCUUAGGGCUGCCCAGGAAGUGGAAACGCUCCUGGUAGACUGUGCCUUCACGCCAACUGGCCAGGAGCGGCACCCUGCAGCUUAGGCGUAGAAGAUGACAUCCACAAUCCAAUGGGAGAGACGCUGUUUGGACAGAGGACAACCCAAUCUAGGGCCCCCAUAACACAAGAACAGCUGGUCUGAGCGUCGUAUAGAAGCAGUGGCUGCAAUAUACGCCUCCAGUGCCCUCACUGGGCACAGUGACUCAGAACUAUCACCAACGUCCCCUGAUGUAGGCUGAAAACGCGCCAAUCUCAAUGGUUGGUUACAAUGAGAAUGAGAAAAUACUUUAGGAACAAAAGCCGGGUUUGGCCACAAGGUAACACCAGAGCCAUCUGAACUCCAUCUGAGACAUGAUGGGCUGACAGAAAGGGCAUGUACUGUAGCUCACUGACCCUCUUAGCUGAGACAAUAGCCAACAAAAAAGCAGUCUUACAUGACAACCAUUUGAGGUCCGCCUGAACCAAAGGUUCAAAUGGAGGGUGGCAUAGAGCACUGAGUACCAAGGGCAGGUCCCAAACUGGUGCUCGCGGAACCGUUGGCAGGUGCAGUCUACGAGCACCACGCAAAAAAAGAGAAACCAGAUUGUGGCUCCCGACAGUACAGCCAUCAAUGUCAACAUGACUAGAUGAUAUAGCCGCUACAUAUACCUUAAGCGUUGAAGGAGAGCGGCCCUUAUCAAGAAGAGACUGAAGAAACUCCAAAAUAGUGGGCACUGCACAGGUGACCGGAUCAUCAUUAUGGGCAAAACACCACCGGGAAAACAGACGCCAUCUGUUUUCAUAUUGCUGACGAGUGGAGAAUGCGCUGGCACUCAAAAUAGUGUGCCUGACGGGACCUGAAUAUCCAGUCAGCUGCUGUUCAAGCCUCCCAGUGGCCACACCCACAGCCGGAGGCGUUGAGGAUCGGGAUGCCAUAUCUGACCCCCCAACUGAGGCAGUAAGUCCCUCCUAGUCGGAAGACACCAUGGGACCCCGUGACACAGAUCCCAUAGAAGUGGGAACCAUGGCCGUGCCGGCCAAUACGGAGCCACCAGCAACAUCCUGUGGCCCUCCUCGAGAACUCUCUGAAGAGUUGGCCAAAUCAGAGAAAGGGGCGGAAAAACAUGUAGAAGGACCCUGGGCCAAGGAUGGGCCAAGGCGUCCUGGCCCAGUGCACCUGCGGCCCCUGUAAGGGAAAACCAUAGAGGACAAUGAGUCGACUCCUCUGUGGCGAACAGGUCGACCUCUGCCUGACCGAAAAGGUCCCAGAUCAGGCGGACUAUGUCGCUGUGGAGGGACCACUCUCCCGGAGCUGGCGCCUGUUAGGAAAGGGAGUCUGCUACCUGGUUGCGCAGCCCUGGCAAGUACACCGCCUGCAGGGUGGAUAGGUGAACAGAUGCCCAUUUCAGGAGAUGCCGGGACUCCUUCAGAAGCUGCGCUGACCUGGUGCCACCUUGGUGGUUGAUGUGGUAGACAACAGAGGUGUUGUCCGACCGAAUCAGGACAUGUCUCCCCUCCAGGUGGGGCAAAAAGUGCCUGAGAGCCAAAUGCACAGCCUGCAGCUCCAGCACAUUUAUAUGCUUGGAGCGAUCCAGUGGACACCAGCGACCCUGAACUGCCCUGUGUUGCCAUACAGCGCCCCAUCCCAUGGAGCUGGCAUCUGUCGUGACCACUUCUCUGCGACACACUACCACCCCUAUGGACACACCCCUGGACAAAUAAGCCCUGUCUCUCCAUGGAAUCAGGGCAUGAAGACAUGGCCACGUUACCACAAGUUUGCGAUUCCUGUGUAGCUUGGCAUCCAGGCGCCAGCUGUUGAUCCACCUCUGCAAAGGGCGCAGUGACAGUAGACCUAAGGGCACAACCCGAGUAACCGACGUUAGUUUGCCCAGCAGCUGCAGGAAGGCAAAGUAAGGAAGCUGCCUGCCCAGCCUGAAUCGACUCACAAGCUGGAGAAUGUCGUCCACCCUCUGGACAGAUGGGUAGGUUGUCAUGGAGGGAGAAUCCAAGAGCACCCCAAGAAAAGUGGUUGUCUGCGAUGGAAUCAAACAGCUCUUCUCCAAGUUCACCUUGAGGCCCAACUGGGACACAUGAGCGAGCAGGCGACUCGUAUCGCGAGAUGCAUUCUCUCGAGACGGGGCGCAGAGAAGCCUAUCGUCGAGGUAUGGCAGAACCUUCAUGCCGUGGGCCUGCAGAGGAGAGAGGGCUGCCCUCACGCACCGAGUGAACACCCUCGGGGAAAGGGAAAGGCCGAACGGGAGCACACCAAACUGCCAGUGGCGACCCUGAUAGGCAAACCUGAGAAAGCGGCGAUGUUCCGCCGCAAUAGGUACAUGAAAGUACGCAUCUGUAAGGUCGAUCGAUGUAAACCAUUCUCCCUUUGUCACAGCCCGAAGAACCUCUGCCGUCGUGAGCAUGUGAAAUGGCAGGACCUUUAAAUACUGAUUGAGUCUCCUGAGAUCCAAAAUGGGACGAAAUCCACGCACACAGUCUUCUACACCACCUGUCUUUUUGGGCACGAGGAAAUAUGUUGAAUAGUAGUCUCUGGGAUGCCGCAGAGGAUCCACUGCCUCGAUUGCACCCUUGGCCAGGAGGGCAGAAAGCUCCUGGUCCAGGACUUGAGCUUUCACCGGGUCGGUGAUGACAGUCACCCUGACCCGGUGUGAGAUGUGAGGCCGCCGUCGGAACUGGAGCCGGUAACCAUGGGUCAGAGUGGGAACCACCCAUGGAUCCACAGCGAGAGCAGCCCAGUAACUGAGCUGCUGAUGUGAAAAAUAUCCGACGGCUGGCCUGGCAGCCUCACUUUCUCUCCCCACGACCCAUGGGGGUUCUGGGGGGACGGCGGCCAGAGUCUGCGGCCCGGGCGAACAGAAACCACACCACACAAAAAGUUUUGAAAAUGUUUUUUUUUUUUUUACUUUUUCAAGCUUAACAUCCAAACACCCAAAACGUACCCAGAGCUGUGCGUGUUUAAAGACAAGAAAAAUCUCCCAGCUUCUCAUACAUUGUUCAAGUACAGAGAGGUGUCCCUUAAUGCAGCACAACAUGAGGUCAGUUCUGUCAAGAGUCCACAUUCAGGUCGCCGCUGCUCCGCUCAGGGAUUGGAGGGGACAAGUUUAUAUUGCACACCCAGGUUCCUCUACAGCAGCGUAAAGCACGGUGCUUUAAAAUCAGAUUCCGAAAAAAAUACACACAGCACCGCGGCCCCAGGGAGACGGGCUCGUCUCCGGUCACCUCGCGGUCGGCGCCGGUGCGGGCUUGCUUCAUUUUCGUAUGGUUACGACAGGUUGGCGAUGUUGGCGAGGAAGCGCUGAGCCCACCACUCCUCCAGGUCUAUAGGCACAAAGUCUGGGCAGAGGAGUGAAGAAAAAGGAGAAUCAACUUCUGAUCAAGAGUUUGUUGUUUUGUUUCAACAGAUCAGUUUAAAACUGGAAGUCAAAGUAAUAAAAAGCCCUUCCUUUUUAUUUUUAAAAGGAUUUCAGUGAAUGCACCACAUUUCAAGCAGAAAGUGUUUGUGUGUGUGUGUGUGUGAGCAACAGAUCAUGCUCAGUGUGAAGGUGGUCAGUCCAUAAAGAAAUUACUGGGAAGCUAUUUGAAAUGUUGGUACAUGAAGCUUUUGUUGUUUUUUUUUUACAUGUAUGAUUUGAGCACAGUCUUUGGGACAUUUAAGACUUGGAUUUUACUGAUUUUUUUUAGGAGAGAAAAAAACGUGAGCAACGAUCUUCUACCGGAAAUUCUGACCAAACUAAAAGGCUUAAAUAAAGCAAAUGGAUAUCAAUA